CUUCGCCAUCGUCCUUCUGAUCUUCUGCGGGACACGUGGAGAAGAGGCAUGUGACAGCCCGCUGAUAUCCAAUCUGAUGCCGUCGUCCUUCACAAGCUCCUCCCAGUUGUCCAGCAGCCAUGGCCCAGAGUUUGCCAAGGUCAACAAGAGAGAAGGCGCUGGUGGCUGGUCACCUUUGACCUCUGACCGGUACCAGUGGUUGGAGGUUGACCUGGGAAGGCGGACCCAAAUCACAGCUGUUGCUACGCAGGGCCGCUACGGGAGCUCUGAUUGGCUGACGUCCUACCUGCUCAUGUUCAGCGACACUGGCCACAACUGGAGGCAGUACAGACAGGAGGACAGCGUAGGGGCCUUCCCCGGGAACAGUAACGCAGACAGCAUGGUCCAGCACAAGCUGCAGCACACGGUGGUGGCUCACUACGUCCGCCUGGGGCCGGCCGACUGGAACCCCAGCGGGCGGAUCGGACUCAGGCUGGAGAUGUACGGAUGUCCUUACAUCUCCAGCGUGGCGGGCUUCGACGGGCGGAGCAGCUUGCUGUACGCGCUGAGUCCCGCGCUGAGCCCGGCCCCCCGGCUGACGGUCUCCCUGCAGUUCAAGACCCUGAGGAACUCUGGGACGCUGCUGCACGCACGGGCCCCCGGGGGCCACGGCUUCAGCCUGGCGCUGCAGAGGGGCCGAGUGCUGCUCGGUCUCCACGCUCCAGGUACAGAUGAGGCCUCAGUCAGCCAGCAGCAGGUGGCCCUUGGCAGCCUGCUGGACGACCAGCACUGGCACCAGGUCAAGGUGGAGCUCUUCAAAGCUCACUUCAACAUCACCUUGGACAGCAACGUGCGGCAGACCCACGUCCCCACCGAGCCCGCUCUCUGGGACGUCCGACAGAUCAGUGUGGGAGUGGCUCCGAGCCGUCCGCAGAGAGCAGCGGUGUCGGAGAACUUCCACGGCUGCGUGGAGAACCUGCUCUACAACGACCUCAACCUGAUAGACCUGGCUAUCCAGCAGGACCCCCAGGUAGCCACCACGGGGGACGUGACCUUCUCCUGCACCGAGCCCCUCUCCAUCGCCGCCACCUUCGUCGGGCCCCAGAGCUUCCUCCGGUUACCGGGGGCGACGGAGGCGCGGUCGCCGGGGCUGAUUUCCGUGGGGCUCCAGUUCCGGACGUGGAACGCCGCCGGGUUGCUGCUGACGUUCCGGCGCCCCCCCGGGGAGGGGGCGGGGCCAGAGGCCGGGGGGGACGUGUGGCUGCACCUGAGGAAGGCCGUGCUCCACCUGGGGGGUCGCCACGCCGACGGGACCCCGCUGGAGCUCAGCGCAGGCGUGGGUCUGAGUGACGGGCAGUGGCACUCUGUGGAGCUGAGCUUCAGAGCAGACGGCGUGAGGCUCUCGGUGGACGGAGCAGAGGGUUCCAGGGCUCACGCCAGCGGCCCGGUCCAGCUCCCCACAGAGAGAGACCUCUUCUUUGGGGGCUGUCCGGCAGAGGGGGGCGGUCAAGACUGUCACAACCCCUUCACCGUCUUCCAGGGGUGCAUGCGCCUCCUGACUCUGGACAACCGACCUGUGGAUCUGAUCAAGGUGCAGCAAAGGCUGCUGGGUAACUACAGCCACCUGCAGAUCGACAUGUGUGGCAUCACGGACAGGUGUUCCCCCAGUCACUGUGAGCAUGGCGGCAGGUGCACCCAGUCCUGGAGCUCGUUCCACUGUAACUGUUCCUCCACCGGAUACAGCGGAGCCACCUGCCACAGCUCCAUAUAUGGGCAGUCAUGUGAAGCAUACCGACACCAGGGCAACCGAUCUGGACAUUAUCACGUAGACAUCGACGGCAGUGGACCCAUUAAACCCCAGCUCAUCUACUGCAACAUGACAGAGGACCAGACGUGGAUGGUUCUGAAGCACAACAACACGGAGCUCACCCCCCUCCGGCCGGCCCCAUCGGGGGGGCCGCAUCACGCCUCCUUCGACUACGCCUCCGAAGAGGAGCAGCUGACCGCCAUCAUCGGCCAAUCAGAGCACUGUGAGCAGGAACUGUCCUACUACUGCAGGAAGUCCCGCCUCCUCAACACACCGGAGGGCCCGGCCUCCAGCUGGUGGGUCGGGGGUCCGUCUCCAGGGGCGACCCAGACCCACUGGGGGGGCGCGGUGCCGGGCAGCCAGCAGUGCGCCUGCGGCCUGCAGGAGAACUGCCUCCACCCCCGGCACCUCUGCAACUGUGACGCUGACCAGCCACAAUGGGCAAACGACUCGGGGCUGCUGACCAAUAAGGAGACACUUCCCCUCCGAUCUCUGGUGCUGGGGGACAUCCAGAGGCCUGGCUCUGAGGCCGCCUAUAGGGUCGGGCCCCUACGUUGUCACGGCGACAAGAGCUACUGGAACGCAGCGUCCUUCGACACGGAGACUUCCUACCUCCACUUCCCCGCCUUCCACGCCGAGCUGAGCGCCGAAAUCUCCUUCCUGUUCAAGACCACCGCUUCCUCCGGAGUCUUCCUGGAGAACCUGGGGAUCAAGGACUUCAUCCGCAUUGAGCUCAGCUCCUCCACCCAGGUGGUCUUCUCCUUCGACGUGGGGAACGGCCCUCUGAGGGUGCGGGUGGACGCGGGGGUCCCGCUCAACGACGACCGCUGGCACGCGGUGCGGGCCGAGCGCAACGUGAGGGAGGCCGCGCUGCGUGUGGACGCGCUGCCCGCCGCCGCGCUGCAGGCCCCCGCAGACGGACACAUCAGCCUGCAGCUCAACAGCCAGCUCUUCAUAGGCGGCACGGCGUCCCGGCAGAAGGGCUUCCGGGGCUGCCUGCGCUCGCUGCAGCUGAACGGGGUCACCCUGGACCUGGAGGCGAGGGCCGCCAUCACCCCGGGGGUCCGGCCCGGCUGCCCCGGACACUGCAGCACCUACGGCGCGCUGUGCGUCAACGGGGGCCUCUGCCAGGAGAGGCCCAAGGGCUUCGCCUGUGACUGCGGCCCCUCGGCCUUCACUGGAACCUUCUGUCACCAAGAGCUGUCGGCCAGCUUCACGUCGGCCACCGCGGUGCGCUACGCCCUCCGAGAGCCCCGGCGCCCGGGUAGGAACCAGAGCGCCCUGCCCGCCCCCCCGCUCCCCGCCCGGCCCCUGAGGGGGGAGGAGGUGUCCCUGAGCUUCAGGACCAGCCAGAGCCCCGCUCUGCUCCUCUACGCCUCCUCGUCCCACCACCGGGAGUACCUGGCGCUGGUCCUCAGCGGAGAUGACAAGGUGGAGGUGCGGUACAGGCUGCACAGCGGCAGAGAGGUGGAGGCGGUGAGGAGUGACGUGGCUCACCUGGCUAAUGGCCAGCUCCACACAGCUUCUGUCAGGAGGCGGGCCGACAUCGUCUCCAUCCAGGUGGACCAACAUGCUAGAGAAGACUUCAACCUGUCCUCUGAUGUGGAAUUCAACGACUUUGAGUCUCUGACUUUAGGGAGAGUGCUAGGGUCUUCUGAGAUGGACCCCGAGAUGGCUCUGCUGGCCUCCAGGGGGUUCACGGGCUGUCUGUCGGGGGUCCUCUUCAACUCCAUCAGCCCGCUGAAGGCCGCCCUGCUGCACCCGGACACGGGCCCCGUCAGCGUCAGCGGGCCCCUGGCCCGGUCCCGCUGCGGGGCCCCCCCUCCAGCCAGGCCCUACACCUCCCAGACCACCCACUCCCUCCCAGACCUGUCGGGCUCCGUGGGCCCCGGCCAGCCGCUAGUCAACGCCAUCCGGAGCGAGUCGGCCCUGAUUGGAGGCCUGAUCGCCGUGGGGGUCUUCGUGGGUCUGUGUGCGCUGGCCGUCGCCGUGCGACUGCUGCACCGGAGACGAGACGCCUGCCGCGGGCCCGAGACAAAGGGGGCCCCCUCAGGGGAGGAGGCCCCCCGGGAGUUCCCCUUUAGCGGCCAGGCUGACUCGGAGAACGACUCCUUUGAGAGCCCCAAGGAGUUCUUUAUUUAGUGGCCCCCACUGACCCCUCCACUGGGUGCUGGAGAAGAGGGGCGGCUGCCAUGCGGGGGCCCCCAGAUAUCCACAGAGAACAAAACAGCAAAAUAAACGUCUCGUCCCCUGGGAUCAGGGAAACGGCGAGCUAAGAACACAAACAAAGAAGACCGUCCUUCUUGUUAGUUGUGUUGUGUAUAUAGUGUAUAUUAAUGUAAUGAUCACUGUAAAUGUGACCAACCAAUGUGCUGGACUGUGGUAUUGAAAAUGGUAUUUGUCAUUAUGGAG